AUGGAGGUACAGCAUUUAGGUUGUGUAAAGGGGCACAGUGAGUGUAUCUGGUCAGUCGCCUGGAGCCCUGUCGAGUCUAUCUUUGCGACGUGUAGCUCGGAUAAAAGCGUGCGUAUAUGGCGCCUUAAGGAGCUCAAGGAUGGCGCAUCGUCCAAGGCUCAUCUCUGCGCCUCCUAUGAUGCCGGAUGUGGCAUGGAAUAUGACAUCGUUUUGGAGGCUGUGAUCGACAAGCAUUUCAAGAAGACUGUUCGGAGCGUGAGGUUCAGCGCUGAUGGAAGAUAUCUGAUCUGCGCCUCCUUCGACGGCACAGCAACGAUCUGGAGUCCAGAAAACGAUGACACAAGAGGCUGUAGUAAUGCAGACGCAGAAACUAUAGAUGAUUCGUCGUCUACCAAUGACUCUUCGGGUCUGCAGACGUGGUCAUGCCUCUGUGUGCUUGAGGGCCACGAAAACGAGGUGAAGUGCGCAGCGUUCGACUGCACUUCUACAUAUAUCGCAACAUGCGGACGUGAUAAAACUGUCUGGAUCCACCAACGUUCGUAUUCCAGCGCAGACAACGAUGCAUAUGAUAUCGCUCGCCUGCCACACGGCCCCAUGGAUGGAUCGCUGGAAUUCUAUUGCACAGCCAUAUUGACGGGUCAUACGCAAGAUGUUAAAUGCGUUUGUUGGAGUACCAAUGCCCUGCUGUUGGCUAGUUCGUCAUACGACGAGACGGUCCGGCUCUGGGGCCUGAUCCGUCAGGACUGGGUAUGCAUCCAGACGCUAAGCAUGUUUACGUCAACGGUGUGGUCGGUGUCUUUUGACGUAGAUGGUAGCCGUCUCGCGGCGGGUGCCGCUGACGGCACGGUGGUCGUCUUCCAAAGUGCAAAGGCACGUGAUUAUGUGGAACAGCUGACAGAGCUGCAACGUCAGGUUGCCUUCACGGGUACAAUUUUGAAGCUGGGCCCGAUAGACGUGGCGUUUUCGCACGAAAUGGCUAGGAAGACUAGCAAGGUCCGUGAUCACCAGCUAAAGAACCCGCUUAUUGCAGACGACUGGCAGCCUUGCCACUGCAUAGAAUCCCACCACUCUCGGCCGGUCUACUCCGUUGACUUAAACACAUUGCUGUUAACGGGCGGUGGCGACAAUAUGGUAAAGAUAAUGCAUCCCGGCGGUGACAAUGCCGGUAGACGAGUGCAGUUUGUGGCGCACAAUUCCGACGUGAACGGUGUGUCGUGGAAGCGCCACGACUCACGUCUACUGUUCGCGACUGUGGGCGACGACGAGUAUGUCAAGUUUGUGACGCGUCUCACAGCUCAUCCCGCCGGCCCUUUCACGAUUCACUUCUACGCGCCAACUUUCAAGUGGGGAAUUUCUAUAGCGAAUUUGGCCGAUAUAAACCGUCCCACGGACAAGCUAUCGCUACCGCAGCAGCUGGCCGUGAGCUGCACCGGUAUAAUUUGGUCGCGGUACAGUACCGUGAUCACUCCCGUUAACUACAACCUUCUUACGGGUGAGUCGAAUACGCGUCUUAUCAGCAUGAUUUAG